AUGACAGAGCCAAUGCAUGGUUUAAAGAUCAGAGGAAUGAGAAGUGUUGAUUCUAGUUUAUCUCAGUGUGUAAAACUGGGAGGCAGUGAGCUCCCAGCCUUGCACUCUGAUGGGGAUGUUGUGAUUGGAGGGUUUUUCCCUCUGCAUUAUGUUGUCACUGAGCCACAGCACAGCUACAACAGUAAACCUCAAAUUACAUCAUGCAGCAGCUUUUAUCAAAGAGCCUUUCGCUGGAUGAUGACUAUGGUGUUUGCAGUGGAGGAAAUUAACCAUAAUUCAAGUCUGUUACCAGGUGUUAAACUAGGCUACCAUAUCAUGGACUGCUGUGACCAUAUCCCCACCGGCCUGCAGGCUCUUUUUUCGUUAUUCAGACACUCUAAAACUGUCGACAGUAAAUCUUCCACAUGUCUGUAUUAUUCUCCGGUGCCUGCUGUGAUUGGUCUUGCAUCCUCUUCCCCUACAAGAGCUGUCGCUCACACACUUGGCCCUUUCAACAUACCACUGGUGAGUUAUUUUUCCACCUGUACCUGUCUUACUGAUAAGCAUUUGUACCCAUCAUUCUUGAGAACUGUGCCAAGUGAUCUCUUUCAAGUUAGAGGUCUCGUAAAGCUUGUCACAUUUUUAGGCUGGUUCUGGGUGGGCACAAUAGGAACUACGGAUGACUACAGCCUUUAUGGCAUCCAAGCAUUCUCUAAUCAGUUUGGAAGGCAAGGUGGAUGUGUGGCAUUUCAUCUCACCAUCCCAACAUCGCCCACAAUGGCUGAAAUACAAGAAAUGACAGAUACGCUGGAGAGUUCAACUGCUCGGGUUGUGGUGGUGUUUGCUACAGAAGGGCAGCUACUAAAUCUGUUCUUAGAACUAGCUCAAAGGAAUGUGACAGGGAUACAAUGGAUAGCCAGUGAAGCCUGGGUGACCUCGAGCCGACUGGCCUCACCCCAGUUUCUCGACAUUCUACAGGGAACACUGGGCUUCACUUUCCCUGGAGUCAGCAUCCCAGGCUUGAAAGAGUUUCUUUUGAAUGUCCGACCCUCUCGCAAACCAGGAAUGGAAUUUUUCAAUAUGUUCUGGGAAGAACAUUUUGGUUGUAAGCUAGAGUUUGAAACUUAUAAAGACGGUGAAUAUGCUUUUGAAAAGCCUGUAUGCACAGGGUCAGAGGAUUUGAGAAACACUGACAGCAGUUAUAGUGAUGUAUCUCAGGUUCGAAUAUCCUACAAUGUGUAUAAAGCUGUGUAUGCCGUUGCCCAUGCUCUGCACACUUUUUUGAACUGCGAUUCAGCAGGACCUAGCGGGGGAUUGUGUGAGAAACACAGCUCAUUUUCAAAUGGUCAGUUUCUUCAUCAUCUGAAAAUGGUAAAUUUCCACAACCAGUUUGAUGAGAAAGUGUAUUUUGACACCAAUGGAGAGCCAGUCCCUCUUUAUGACAUUAUUAACUGGCAGAAGGACAGCAAGGAUGAAAUCAGAUUUAUCAAAGUUGGAACCUAUGAUGGUUCAGCACCACAGAGAGAGCAGUUGCAGAUAAUAAAGAACAGUAUUGUAUGGACAAAAGGACAGUUACAGGUUCCUGUAUCUCAGUGUAGUGCUCCAUGUCCUCCCGGCAACAGGCAGGCCACACGCCAAGGAGAACCCAAAUGCUGCUUUGACUGUUUGCCCUGUGCAGAUGGAGAGAUCAGUAACAAGACUGGUUCUACUGAGUGCACAAAAUGCCCUGAGUACUUCUGGUCAGACAAAGACAAGGUGAAAUGUGUUGCAGGGGAAGAAGAAUUCCUCUCUUUCUACGACACCAUGGGUAUCAUCCUGGUAGCACUCACCCUGCUUGGAUUCAUCCUGACAUCCAUCAUCACAAUUAUUUUUCACAGUUUCCGCAACACACCCAUUGUCAAGGCCAACAACUCAGAAAUAAGUUUCUUGCUUCUCCUGUCACUCAAGCUCUGUUUCCUGUGUUCUCUGGUGUUCAUUGGUCAGCCAUCUUGGUGGACAUGCAGGCUCCGCCAAGCAGCAUUUGGAAUCAGCUUUGUUCUGUGUCUCUCUUGCUUACUUGUUAAGACCAUUGUGGUCCUCCUGGCUUUCCGGACUAGUAUAUCUGGUUCCAGGGGUUGGAAGCUGUUUGGAACAUCUCAGCAGAGGAUUCUGAUCAUCUGUACGACAGCUCCUCAGAUUUGUCUCUGUUCUGGCUGGGUGUUGGGAGCACCUCCCUUUCCAUUCAGGAACCCAAACUACCAAGCUUUAACUGGAAAAGCAGGCAGGAAAAGACCCAAAUGCAGACUCAAAGAGACAAUAACUUGA